AUGCUGAGGCUAAUAAUGGAUAAACAAAGAAUAAUGAUUAAGCAUGUGGUCAAAAGGUUUCAGCACACAUUUCAACCGUAUGAAACUGUACUGGCAAGACUGCUAUCCAAGCCCAAUGAAAAAUUCCAUCUUUCCAAGCCAUUGCAAGCAGGCGAAGUGAUUAACACGGGCAAUGGACCCAUAAGGCAUGAAGAUGUCAUUGGUAAGCCCUAUAGGUCAUUGGUUACUAGCUCAACGUCAACUUCCCACCAAUAUAUGCUUUGUAGGCCUUCGCUGGAAGAGUAUGUGGUUAAUAAAAGAAGAGAAGCCCAACCGAUAUAUCCAUUAGAUGCAGGAUUAAUAGUGCAGCUUAGUGACGUGCAUGCGGAUUUCCCUGACAUGGAAUUGGGACCAUCCAUAGAUGUGGAGAAGCCUGCUAGUUUCCAAAGGUUGAACCUAUCGGAGAGAUAUGAUCGAUUCUUGCAUGACAGAUGGGAAAACAGAAAGUCUCAACUGCCACAAGGUCUACGCACAUGUGCCCCACCCAAGCAGUAUUUGGAAUGCGGUACGGGUCAUGGUUCACUAACCUUGCAAAUUUGUAAAGAAAUUCACAGUGGGAAUGCUUAUUACGACGGUAAUGAUUCUACAAGAGGUUCCAUUUUACAUUCUCUUGACAGAAAUGACAAGCAUUUGGCAACAGGUGUCAGGAAUCUAAAACACUAUGAUAGGGGUAUCUACUGGACAGAUGUUGAAUUCCACCUUCUGACAGAGUCCGAGCAGGGUCCUUCGCAAUGGUUGCAAGGUCCAGCCGCAUCUUAUUAUCGUGAUGUAGUUGGUCGCUUAGCGGGUCGCCCAGGUGGGUUCCUUAACGGUGCGUUUCUCGAUCUGCCAUCACCUCAAGACCAUUUGGAGACCAUUGCUCAAAAUCUAGUAGCUGAAAGUCCACUGAUAGUCUUUGUGCCCAGUAUUACUCAGCUGUGGGAUUGUCUCUGCCAGAUAAAGACAGUAGGGAUCCCGCUGUCAAUGACAAGAGUCUUGGAACUAAUGCCAGGAUCAGGCGGUGGUGGUAUGCGCGAAUGGGACUUAAGAAGAACUGUGAUUAGAGAGACUGGUAAGGAAAGUAUGGUGGUAAGACCUAAAGUCGGUGCUAGAGUGGUCGGUGGUGGGUUUGUAGGAAUAUUUAAAAAGCUACCCGCUGACUCAGUUGUCAGAACAUGGAGAUAA